AUGCCGUAUCAGCUUCUUAUUCUCCGCAAAGACUGGUUUUCGGCCGAUGUGACGCCCGACAAGUUCCAGGUCUUGCUGCAGAUUCUCAACAAAGGAUACGCCAAACCCAUGGCCCAAUAUGGCCUCAUUGAGUCUCUACGGAUUAAGUACCACCAGAAUUUUCUAAAAGACCUCCAACUUGAUCCGGCCUCUGUGGCAAAUCAAGACAAGGAUUUUGCCAUCAUGAUUCUCGUGGGCUCAAAGUCGGACUUCAAAAGGCUAGAGGCACACGCAGGCUACAUCCGUCGGUUCAACCCGGAAAUAUAUCCCUUAUCUGGCCUGAGCGACUCGGAUAUCCCCAUGGAAUUGGCCUCGGAAUUCGGCCCGCUCACUGCCGAAAACGUGGAGCACGUGACGUUGGCCCCCUCGGCCCGGAUUGAUGUCGAUGUUGCCGACCGUGUAUUGGCCACAGUGGGCCUCAAGACAUACCAGGAUGAUGGAUACUUUUCUGACUCGGACUUUCUGGCGGAUACAAAGCACUAUGAAAUCACGGGACUCACGUCUUUCAUGCGCGGCACCGGCUCGGGGAUCAUAAACCACGUAAUCCGCCUGUUUUUCUUCUCAAAACCAUCAUUCUUGAAGCCGGAGCACGUGCUGAAAACCGUAUUACAUGCUAUUGUGAUCAAGGAGCACGAGCUUGUACCGUUUUACCAAAAGGCUUUCGGUUUUGUGCCUUCCACGCAUCCUGACAUUUUGAUAAAGAUGGCUGGCUCGGAGUCGCCGUUGGAGGACGGAAUCAAAGCAUCCCGGGAUUUCAGUAUCACGUUCAUGCGCAAGGAAAUUUUUAGCCAGUCAGUAGACACCUGCGUUGUGUAA